UGGGGCCUCCAGGCAAUAGGGGAUCAUGGGGCCCCUGUGUCCUUGCCCAAACUCAAAAAACCCUAUGAAAAAGGAAGAUUGUUUUGUUUACAAACAAUCUUCCUCCCUGUCAGUUCGAGCACACUGCUCGGGAUAGCUGUGCACAGUCAGAGAUGGACUGACAACUCAUGGGGCCCCCGGGCAAUAGGGGAUCAUGGGGCCCCUGUCCUUGCCCAAACUCAAAAAAGCCUAUGAAAAAGGUACCAUGGGCAUCUCAUGGGGCCCCAUACUGACCCCGGGCCCUCAGGCACUGCCCGAGUUUCCAAAUGGUCAGUCCGGCCCUGUGCACAGUACAGCCAUCCAAAUCAGUGUGCUUACAAUGAAGAACACACCCCUCGCCCCCUAGUAA